UUGAGUCUUCUCCAGGUGUUUGCGCUGUGUUUCACCCUUUGCGUUCUCUCUGAGAUCCUCCAGCAGGAAUCUUCUUUGACGUUUUGCCUUGCGGUGAAAUACUCUCAACCAGUCAACUAAAAUGGCACCAAAGAAGGACGUUAAGAAGGCCGAGCCCAAGAAGGCCGAGCCCGCACCAGCGCCCGCAGCAGCACCUGAGCCCGCUCCCGCACCUAAGGCUGCGGCAGUGGACCUAUCAGCCGUGAAGGUGGAAUUCUCCGCAGACCAGAUGGAUGACUACAAAGAGGCCUUCGGUCUCUUCGAUAGGGUCGGUGACAGCAAGAUUUCAUUCGACCAGGUGGCUGACAUCAUGCGCGCUCUGGGACAGAACCCCACCAACAAAGCCGUCAACAAGAUCCUGGGCAACCCCAGCGCUGAGGAAAUGGCCAACAAGAGGAUAGACUUUGAGGGCUUCCUCCCCAUGCUGCAGACAGUAGUGAACGAUCCCCAGAAGGGAACCUUCGAUGACUACGUUGAGGGUCUUCGCGUCUUCGACAAGGAGGGCAACGGCACAGUGAUGGGUGCUGAGCUGCGCAUUGUCCUGCAGACACUGGGAGAGAAGAUGAAGGAGGCUGAGAUUGACGCACUCAUGCAGGGGCAGGAGGACGAGAACGGCUGUGUCAACUACGAGGCCUUUGUCAAACACAUCAUGUCUGUGUAAGAGGCCAUUCCUGGAGUGGUGUGGAAGCUGAAGUGUAUCUGCAGACCCCAUGGUGUCAGGACGUCCUUUCGCUGUUUCCGAGACCACCUGAGGAAACACGGACCCGGGAUGUUGUUUCUAUACCGUUCUUUUUUUUUUUUUUCCUUUUCGCGCGACUCCUUCCCUACCCCCCUGCAACCCCCCUGCAACCCCCCCCCCCCCCCCCCAAAAAAAAGCCACCUUUCCACAGCGUACCCUACGCCUGUCUCCACCCGCCCGGCCCCGCUAACAGAGGGCAGGGGGAGUGCCUCUUCACAGGGUGUGGGUGUAAAGGGAAGAUGAUGAUCACUCACCAAGUGGGGGUCACCUCCUCGUCCCGCGCCCCCUCACCCUGAUCGACUCCAUCGGUCCUCCACGCUCAAGGCACUCAUCAAAGACUGUGGACAUGCUUACGCACCCUACCACCCCCCCUCCCCCUCAGCCUCUGAGUCUUAAUUUAUUUUUGCCCUGUCAUUUCGCAAAAUAAACUUUUUCGAAAAAGUA